AUGUCUGGAUUUCGUUCAGAGAUCACCAUGGGCACCGACUUGGAUCCAUUUAACAAACCGGAGCAUGUGAAUACGUUAAAGGGUCGUUCACUGUAUGUGUUUGUGAUCUUCUACACCCUGGCUGUGUGCUUGAUAGUGAUGGUGUUCGAGUUCUUCAUGCCGGUGCUCUUCAACCACAACUACCCAGACAUGCAGUGA